UAUAGAUUUAUUUGAGAAACCCCACAAGUCCAGGACACGUGGUGAUUCUCUAAUAAACGGCUCCUAUCUUCUACGCGACAAAUGACAUACGCAUACGUUGCGGGUAUUUACCGUUAGCUCAUUUUCAGAGCGUAUUCGUGCGAGGAUGACCUUUCCGCGGAAGUUAUUCCCAAAAAACGCAAAAAGGGACAGAAACAAGUUAUUUAUAAAAAAUGAAGUAAUUAAAGGUGCACGACUGAGAGGUAAAGAAUAUCUGAAUUACAAAGGCAUAAAAGUAAAUCAGCGGACAAUAGGUGAACCAUGCCGGUGUAGGUCAUGCUGUUUUGAUAAAAUUCCCGAAGGUGAGCGGCAAGAGAUUUCUGAUAGAUUUUAUGCUCUAGAGACGAAAAAUGAACAAGAUGCAUAUAUGCAGGUUCUAAUAGAGUGCUCAGAGAUUUCCAGGAAACGACCUAGAGUAGACCAAAAUAAUGCAAAGCCAAAAAGCAAAUCAUACAAAUACUAUGUGUCUUCCAGUUCGGGAAAGCACCGUGUAAGCAAAAAAACUUUUAUUAGUACCCAUGGAGUCAUUGUAGACCGUGUUCGUCGCUUGAGUAAGUUAUUAUCAAUGGGAAAGCCACCUAAUGAUAGAAGAGGCAAAAAAAAAACCCGGGAAUGCAAAACCUGGACAGGUGGUCAGGCAAGUAGAGGAGCAUAUUCGUUCAUUUCCAGUUAAAAGGUCAUAUUAUGGUAGCCGUGACUAUCACUACCUUAGUGAGACGCUGGAUAUAAAAAAAUGCAUGAAUUGUUUCUAAUAAACAAUCCCGAAUCAUCUGUAAAGUAUAGCUUUUAC